AUUAUACAAUUGUCAAUCGAACUUGUUGUUAGAGUUAAAGUUAUAACUCUAAUAAUAUGAAUAUUGUUCGUAAUAUUUUGUCCAACCGUCUAGCAGUCGGUUAUGGUCGUAAUAUUCUGGGAAAUAAAAUAGUAAACAGGGGUAGUCAUGUUGUCUCCUACCGAAAUGCUCCUCCAGAGCAUUCAAAAGCGACUAAAAUCGGAGCCGUAGUCGUUGGAGGAGCAAUGUGGUGGUGGGUAAUCUGGCACUUAUGGCAUGAACCCGAUCACAUAACGGGCGAAUUUGACUACCCUACCCCAUCAAAAUGGACCAAUUCAGAUUUGGGUAUUCCAAGAGAUGAUGCAUAAUGAUUCGUUAUGAUCCAAUAAAUCUCGUAUUAAAAGUUUCGCAUUAAUAAGAGCGCUUAAAAUUAAAAAAAUAACACUUGGUGUUUAUAAUUUCAAC